CGAUGUCUGAUGUUUUGUUGACCCCUCCAUGCACUCCAUCCACCGCAACCUCCUCUAUAACAAUAUCACACUUCCUGCUUUGCUCCAGAUGAACAAGAAUCUUAACUCAUUCAGGCUCUGUCACUGGAACGUCCAAGGGUUGGAGAAGCAAGUGGACUUCUCAGACCUGGGCCCAGUGGGGUCAGUGAUGAAGACUCUUCCAUAUGGCAUGGGUGAAGGCACAGUGGGUGGAACGUCAGGGGGAGUGGUGAAACCUCCAUACCAAACACGUAUCUUUUCCACUUCAAUUGACCAGACACCCAUGAAAUCCAAGCCACCCACCUACAGUUUCUUUAACCCAUAUGACUCGGCCCGGAACCAGUCCCUGCUUCUAGACCAGACAGGCUACCGCUCUAAGCGCAAGCCCUCACUAAAGACCGCCAUGAAGACUAAGAAGAUCUUCGGCUGGGGAGACUUCUACUUUAACGUCAAGACCAUGAAGUUCAGUUUGUUGGUGACAGGGAAGAUUGUGGACCACAUCAACGGGACGUUCACUGUUUACUUCCGCCACAACUCAUCCAGCCUGGGUAACGUGUCGGUCAGUAUUGUGCCUCCAACCAAAGUGGUGGAGUUUGAGGUCCUCCAGCAGCAGCAGCUGCACCCCCACACCCAGCAGGAUGUCCAGAUCCAGGAGACCCAGCAGUCCACUGUCGACCCCAAAGAGACAAAGACCUUUAACUGUCGGGUGGAGUAUGAGAAAACCAACAGAUCCAAGAAGCCCAAACCCUGCCUGUACGAUCCAUCUCAAACCUGCUUCACAGAGCACACCCAGUCCCAUGCUGCCUGGCUCUGUGCCAAACCCUUCAAGGUGAUCUGCAUCUUCAUCUCUUUCUUUAGCAUCGAUUACAAGCUGGUUCAGAAAGUGUGUCCAGACUACAACUUCCAAAGUGAGCACCCUUACUUUGGAUAAGUACGUGAGACUGAACUGAAAAGAGAAAAAAUUAAGAGACAAUGUUAAUGACGAUGAUGACGAUUAUAACAAUGAUGAUGGAAAUGAUAGUCAUAUUGAUUAUGAUGAAGAAGCAGGGGACAGUUUUUUGCCUCUAAACUGCUGUGAAUCAUGGAUUUAAAAUAUAAUCAGAAUUAUGGAUGGUUAGGAUAUGGCUGAUUUCUCUGACUUAUUUUCCAACUUUGUAUUUGUUAACUUCUGUUUUUAUUUGAUUUUCUUUUCUGUAAAUAAUGUACUUAACCUCAGCACACCUACUGUUUUUAGAUAUUUGUUUCUCAGUGUUAUUACUUUUUGCAUUUGGAGAAUUCAGUUGAAAACAGCCGGAAUCAGUAUUAUGCCCUCCGAGUACAAAGGGAGCCUCUGAGACGGCUGUGCCAUCACUGUAUGGCGGACGUAAUGUUAUGGUAGACUGACUGUUAAUCAUGCUCUCAGCUCUACGUUUCAAACCUGGAUAUGAGAGAGCUAUAUGUAUGAGAAAUGCUAUGCUGGAUAUGCAUACAAUAUACUGUAUGAAAAAGCACAUUAAAAUCUCUUAAACUGU